AUGAAGAAGGAAAUAAUGGAAAAACUGGAUGGCAUGUACAAGAACGAAGAACAGUACAAAACACAGCACAGAAAGUCCAUCUUCUACAAGAUUUUCUAUCCCACAUUAGAAAGCGCCACUGAGGAAGCAUUGUUGGAAGAUUACUUUAUUGCUCAUGUCCUGGACAUUAUGAGUACUUUGAACAAGAAAAUCCCAUAUCAUUUGGACGUGAAGUUGGAUUCUCACUUCCUGAACAAGAUCUGCUGCUUGGAUCUCAUAACAUUAUUUUACAGUCGACUGAGUAAGGAUUCUCUGCAUUCUCUAACUUCCAAAGUCAACAGCGAAUAUUGCAAACAUUUCUGCGUAACUGACAUAAAAGGCAAAGAACUGACCACCUCGAUAAUCAGAACUGCUAAAGACUUCAAAAGUGAUGAUUACCAUUCGAAAAUUAAUUCACAUAAAACAACACCAUCAUCUCCUUUGGAUGAUUUUGAGAUGCAAAGGCUGCUGAAUUGUUCAUCAUUCAACACAUUGUCACACGUGCUCAUGAGGACUCAAACUGAUGUUAAGUUCUACACUGCAUUUCUCUUCACUGAAAAUCUUGCCAAGGGUGAAAUAAUUUGGGAAAAUUUGAUUGACACAAAAAGGCUUUACAAGUUCUCCAUUGAAAUAACAGAUGCUGAAGCCAGAAAGAUGAAAUACAAAACGCUGAGGAAACAAAUAAGAAUUCAUACACAAGGUAAACCUGGAGUCGACGCUGAAGACGAGGAGGAAGAUAAUGACAACGUGCAGUACUUGUCAACACUGGACAGUAGUGUGUCCGCUGAUCUUACCCAGUUAAUUCCAAAAAGUAAUCAUUUUUCUGUUAACAAGAGUGUACCUCAUCAAUCAACACCGACGUUGGAUUUUGAUGAAAUGAAUUGUCACGAAUCGAUGCAGACUCUGAUGACCAUCAUUCAUCAUAUCAAUGAAAACAUUGCCCCCUUUCAGAGCAGUCCAACAUCAGCAGCAGCACCAACCUGGCUGAGCUGCAUAAUCGAAAAAAUUUCCUCACCAUCCACUCGAUGGAAUGUCGUCAUCUUCCUGGUUAAAGUCAUCGUCAACUGUCAGCAGAUAUUGAAAUACUUUGCUUCAUUCCUGAUUGGACCCCUGUUGAAAGUGGCGCAAGAUUGCAGGUUGUACGAGCAUGGAUCCAAUACAAUCUCAAAUGAUGUUGUUGUCAUGCUACUGCUCUGGUCUGAUGCUGCUAAGCCUAUGGAACGUGACAGAGACAUGCUGUCUCGGUUGUUGGAGGCUCUGGUGCGAAACUCUGAUGACAGCAACCGAUCAGUCAUGCGCAACAACGUCGAAAUCAUCAAAGUUUUCUUGGAAAGCUGGAAAGAUAUUGUUGAUGUUCCUACAAAAAUUCUUCUGGAAAAGAUUUCUGAACGAAAUAUUUCUGGGAAGCAAAAUAUAUAUGGCUUGCAGAUGGUUGGAGCUGUUUUGGCAAAGCAAAUUUUGCCAUAUGAAAUCAGCUGUGACCUUGAAACCAAACAUAAGUUUUUCAAAAGUUUGUCUGACUGUAUGCUAUGUGAAUCGAAAUCAGUGUACUGCGUGGCAGCGGAAGUUCUUGGCAUGGGGUUAAACUUGUUGUCGUUGAAAGAUGCAGAUGUUUUGAAAGAUGCGAUGGUUCUUGUUAGCAAAUCAAUGAGCAAUUUCAAGGAUGACAAGUUCAUAACAUGCCUCCACAAGAUGCAACUCAAUUACCCAGCUAUAUGUGAAAGAUACAAGUCGAAAGUUUUGUUCAUGAUUCCAAAUGUUUAUGGGAUCUAUCAAAUCUACUGCCUCGAGAUCCUCAAACAUUACUGUGACAGAAGUUUAUUCGUUGAUCUUAAACUAGCCAGCUUAAAAUUUGUACACGCACUGCUGACACACCUGACGGUUGACGACCUAACUCUCCUGAUCCCCCACCUGUUUUCAGUUGGAAACCACACAAGUGUAGAGUGCAGAGUGGCUCUCAACGAAAUAUUCAUGUGGAUAUAUGAUCAGUACUACGACAAGAAGCUUGAAGACAAGUUUGCCCUGGAAAUAGACAAUGUGAAAAAAAGUUUGAUAGGUUCACUCCAGGAUGAAGAUGAUGUAGUCCGAACACUGGCGUAUAACUACUGGAGACGGGAAAGCCACCUGCCGAAAUCUGCUGACGUCCGCCUAAAGAGGAUCAUCUCACACAUGUACCAGAGCACUUCCGAAGCAUCCUUCCUCACUUACGCCUGUGAUUUCCUGAUGGAGUUAACUUCCUGGAGUUCGGAAUUCAACAAGGAACUGUUUGACAUGCCGCUAUCAGAAUGCAUCUUCCAAUUUCUCAACGGACGUGAUAAUACCAUCUUAUUAACGAUGCAGGACGUUCAAAUCCAUUCAGACUGGAGAGAGAGGCACUCCAUGAUGACCCCUCUGUUUGUUGAGACGCAGAUGUCCAUAUCCACUCCAUCCCUUUCGUCAUCUUCCUCUUCACUGCCAGUUGGUCAAGUGAGGAUAACCCAAGCUCCAUCAGCGUUCGAUUCCAUCCAAUCACAAUCCAAUAAUCCCACUUUUGACUGGUUGACUCAGGAGAGCAUUGACGUGUCAGCGCUAACCGCAACAGCACGUUCGUCAUCAUCACUUCUCUUCAGUCGAACCAGCCAUCAAGUUAGGUUGCAAUCAAGUGCCGAACCCGAUCGAGAAGUGUUUGAUGACGUGAAGAAGUUGAGGAGAAGGUUUCAGAAAUACAGCGACCAAGAAGAGAAUCUUUAUUUCAUCAAAAAGGCAACUAAAAUGGGUAAACAAAAAGAGGAUGAAAAUCUGAUUAGAAAGCAGAGUAGAGAGAAUGACGUGAGGAUGGUGAGAAACUACAGAAUGGGUGAGUUGCCGGACAUUCAAAUCAAACACAGGCACCUCAUAGCUCCUUUGCAGGCUCUUGCUCAGAGGGACGGCCAGACGAGUCGCUUGUUGUUCACUUCGUUGUUCAAGGGCAUCGUGACGGAGCAGAUGAUGAAGUGCAGAGACGAUGACGAUCUGAUGAUGAUUCAUGAUGAUCAGGUUGAUAAAGAAGAUCAGGAUAUGACUGCAUGGUUCACUACUUUCAAUGAAUCCUUCAAUAAAUGUCUUCAAGAGUCAGCAUGUCUCGAUCCACAAUUCAUCUCAACCGCACUUGAACUUUGCUUCGAAUACGUCGAUCAUAUUUCCAUAGCUCCUCAACUGAUAACAAAGGUCGCACUCAGCGCGAAUGUCCAACCUCUCGGCAUAUUGCUACUGGAAAAGAUAAUUGUAACUCUCCGAAGAAAUUUGAAGAGUGAUCAAGUGCCAACAUGUCCGCCUCGCAAGAUAAGAAAGAAGAUGGAAGCAACAGGAGAGAUCAGUCUGAUUGAUGAGUGCUGGAUUGAACUUGCAAAGUUGUACAAGUCGAUAUCUGACUACAACCACGUGCGAUGUAUAUUCGCUUACCACUUGACUCUCCCCUGCAAACCUGCAACAUCCGCGGCAUCUUCAAACGUUUUGAAGAGCAGUGACGUCACCAAGCUGGCUACAGAGGCUGAGAUGUCGCGUGACUAUGUCACAGCAUUCACGUAUUACAAUCAGGGUGUAAACAUCUACAAUGAUGAAGACAUUUCCAUUGUUGGCGGGAAUGCAGGUGCCGUGUUGUCGUUCGUGAUGAAUUACUGGGACGAUUGCAGGCUGCAGUGCAUUGAACGCUUGGGGCAGUGGAAGAACGUUGAGCAGAUUUGUCAUAACAAAGUCAGAAUUGAGACGAUAUCUGACGACAAUCAUCAUCGGCUGGAUGAUUUUUGGAAGGAUGAUACCUUUUUCUACUUGUCCUACCUGAUGAAAUCAGAAACGAAAUUGUUGUUGGCCAGUGGUGGUGGUGAUCCACAGCUCCAGCAUUUUUUGUCGUUUAUCGACAGAAAUCUUAAAAUUCGUGAACGCAAGCAUAUACUUGAGAACACAUUCUACACGGAACUUGCCCUGUUAAGUUUGUGGGAGGACGAUCAUUUCAAGGCCAGGCAUUACGUGGAACUGGCGAGGAAUGCCUUUUGCAGGGAGUGGAGUCACACGUCAAGAGCCCAACAGAAGAAUAAGUUGAGCAGGCUGCAGAAACUUCAUGUUGUGAAGGAAUUGCAGGGUGUCAUCGAAGCUACAAGCAGCAGCGGUCGUUAA